CGCCAUCUUGAUAAAAUACUAGUGUCCAGUCCCUCACACGACCGGAAGCUGAAAACGAAACCUUUCAGUAAAAAUAAUUAUAACGGGUUUAUUUUUGUUUCGUUAUUUGAAGAACUACUUAUUAAAGUCUGAUAUUGAGAAUCUUGGGGAUGAUUUUUGAUCUCGCUUUUAAAUCUGUUAUAAAAAUCAGACAGAUUUGGAAAGGGACUCCAAACGACUAGACCCAGUCCAUACCAGCCUUGCCGUCGAAACGAAGCGCCCAUAUUCCAAGAUGGCGGACCAUUUAUGAAAAGGUUUCCAAAUUGGAUCAAAAAACCGUGUUUAAACACAGCGUAUGGUUAGAAAACUAUUAAGAUAUUAUAUAGAUAUUACAAGAAUGGGGAGUGCAUAUGAAGGGAUAUUUACUGUGCUGGAUGAGUUAGGGAUACCUGACUUAAAACAAGUGAUUGUUCAACAUUGUAUACAGGACAGAACAUUACAAUAUAUGGAGACAGAAGAUGAGCUAAAAAACCUUUUAAGGGAAAUAAAUAUACCUCUUGGGCAGUGCAUUCCUAUUAUAAAGUUAUGGAUUAAAUGGUGCUCAAGAAUUAAUGGCCCUGAAGUUACUCAGGGUGGUGAUAAAAUAGGUUUACAGUAUAAGGUGACCAUGGUGCAACAAGCAAUACAAGCAACUGUACCUACCGUCGAUGCCAUCACACAAACAUAUGAAGAGCAAAAUGCUUACUCACAACACCCUGGUGUAAUAGGAAGUGGCUACAACCACCCCCAGGGGAAUAACUAUGGUCAGUACUCUUUAGUAGAUCAGAUGAACAGCCUAGGAUUGACAAACCAUAUAGCCCCGGCUGGAAAUCAACAUAUCCAUAAUGGUGAUGCAGAUAUAAGGCCAAGCUUCAUGCCGCAACAGACCCCAGCACCACCCCCACAGGUAUUUGAGCCUCAAUUGUGGACCAAUAAUUUAUAUAAUUAUCAACCUGCUAAUGAAGACCUUGGAAGAAGUGGUUGGCUUGGAGUGUUAUAUCAGGGAGGUCCAAUAAUCACCUCAGGAAGCCGAGAGGUCAGUCCUAUCCAGUCUCCUUCUUUAAAUGAUAUGAUAGGCAUGGAGCAGAGUAAUGAUACCAGGCCUAGUAAUCAUAGAAUUAAUAGCUUUGAUAGACAUAAUGAUGUACUGGAUGAGAGGGAAGAUCUGGCGAUAGAGAGGUCAUUGGUGGCAGAGGAAAAGCAACAGUCUUAUGCAGCUGCUCUUAAGGAAAAGCAAAUUGCUUCUGCUAAAGCAGCAGAUAAUAAAGAAAUCAGACCUCRUUCAAGCAGCAUGUCCCACCCCUCUCCUCCCCCUUUAUCUAGCCCUCCAGCGUCAUUCACUAGUCCACCUCCUUAUAUCAAGUCCAUGUCUUCGCACACCCCAGUAAUACGUCCCAAAGACACAGCCAGUACCUUCUCUAAAUGUGACGAGAUCUCUGUAGAAAAUGCCACCAGUGGAGUCGUGGGAAAUAAUCUUAAAGAUAUUGGUACAGCAAGUCUUAGGUCCUAUCUAGAGAAGCUUAUGGCUAGUCAAGAAUAUAUAGAGGCCACAUCAAAACCUAAAUCUGAAUUACCCAAGGGUUGGUUACCAAUAGAUGGCAAGCAUAUCUUGUCAGCUCGUAAAAUCCAGUUUAAGCCUAUGUUUAUUGAUGAUAAAGGGCGCAUGCGACAUGGGGUGUCAGUGCGAGGUGCUGAUAAGUCUGAAGAGUGCUCAAGGCAUACUGUGGGAAAGGCUCCUGCGUAUUGUACAUUUGCGCACUCCCGGAUAGGCGAUACCCUACAAUUUAUAUGUAUCAAAUGCUCCUGCGAGAAGUCAAGGUAUACGUAUUGUCAGGAUAAGAAGGAUCACAGGGAAUAUAUUUUUAAUCUAGGUCCUUAUAAGAAUAUAAAUGGUGAGCCCUGGAAGCUCACCACAUAAGUCAUAUUAUUCACCCCAGAUAUCUGUCUGUCUGUCUGUCUGUCGCGAUCCUAACGACAUAGUAUUAUAUUUUAAAUGCUUGAGUAGAUUUUAUCAAUGAAUAUGGGGCCAAUAUAAGCCAAUCACUAGUGAAGAUUACUAGUUCUCAUGACUUAAUGAAUACUAUUAUUGUUACUUAGUUAGCAUACUAAAGUAUAUAACCUACAUAUGUAACAUGUGUGGUCCACCCUGUCAGACCCCCACUCCCGUCCACCCAAAGCUAGUUGCUACUCAUUACCACCCUCAAAAUGUUAUACUAAGGUUUAUUAACAAAAAGGAAUUAGAAGCAAACUAAAGAAAAACUUAUUAAGAAACACUUUAAAUAGAAUCUCAUAGCGCACUUUAUAUUUGACUUCACGAAUCACGCUGAGAACUGGGUUCCAAUAACUUAAUAAUAACGUGACAACAGUGCUAUUUUAUACGUUAACGAAAUGGUUAUUUCUUGAAUUAAGGUGAUUAGGUGGAAUGAAUUGUUUAAGUUGUCAUGGUGACCAGUUCGUGGCGUUGUUUCGAGAUCUUCGUCAAGUCAGGCAGUCCUUUCUUUGUAGGACUUUGCCUAUCAGUUUAUUCUAGGUAUUCGUUAUUUUAUUACACUUUUUAGCUAGCUAGCCACUUGAAAAGCAUUUUAUGUGGAUCUACUUCACUGGGAAAGUCAUUUGAGCCCACAGUCCUUGAUGCCACUUGAAUUACGACUGGGCAGCCACAGGUAUCCCAGUAAUGACGUCAUUGUUGGGUCUGUCUGCACUAUUUGCUUUGAUCACUAAAUUUACCUAACACAAUACCUCACUUCCUGUGAUUAGUCCUAAUAAGGCUGCGUACAACCGRAAACAGCCUCAUUAUAAUAUGUCACUGACCUAUAAGAAUGUGGGCUCAACUAUCUAUUUCCCCAAACCAAAUCGAGGCUCGGUGAUGUGUGUAUUUAGUUUAUUUACUUAUUGACUUGGAAGUCAAAAAUUCCUGUAUCUAUUUUAUUUUGUCCUUGAUUUCAUAGAUAGGUAUCUGAAGCUCUCAUGCUUUGCUUAUUUGUAAUGAGUAAUAAGGUCAGCAAUAAUUUGUCAAAUAAUGAGUUACCAUAACACGUGAUGUUACGACACGCAGUACCGUAGGUAGCUGUCUCCAGUAUAAAAUAUAUGACAAAAAACGAAUUUCUGCAUAA